UCCGCUAACUACGAGAUUUCGAGCCCCCUUCGCUAAAGUACCUAGGCGCCGAAGCGGACCCAGCCUCGCCUUCUUUGGUCCCUCCGAGCACACACAUCUCAAUCCAAGCCCGCACCGAGCUGCGCACCCCUCAUCAUGGCCAUCGUCCAAGACUGGCUGCCCGCCAGCAGAGAAAACUACGAGACCAUCCUGUUUUGGUGGAAGCUGUACCCUCUGCUUGCCUCAAUGCAAUGGCUCAGCUCGUGGUAUGGCAUGGGGAAAACCUCCGUUCAGAGUAGAUUCAACCUGCCGGGGAGGAUUGCGUGGAUGACGAUGGAAGCCCCAGGCUUCACCACCCUCCUGUACAUCGUGAGCACCCUCCCUGCUCAGCAUGGCAUCACCGACCUUCCCUGGCAGAAUAAGGUCCUCGCCGGUCUCUUUGUCAUCCACUACACCUACCGCGCCAUCAUCUUCCCCAUCAUUCAGCCGUCAAUGUCGCCCAUCCACGUCCUCAUCUGGGCCAAUGCCAUCUUCUUCCAGCUUUGCAACGCAACCUGCCUCGGAAGCUGGCUGGCGGCUUACGGUCCGACCACCCAAGAGGAGUGGGAUGCCCAGACCUGGUCGGUACCGCAGUUCGCCUUCGGCCUUGUCGUCUUCUACGUCGGGCUGGCCGCCAACUACUUCUCUGACGAGGAGUUGCGUGAAAUCCGCCGGGGCGAGCUCCGGCGCCAGGCGAAACUGAAGCUCCAGGGCAAGGUUGUCGACAAGCACUACGAAGUACCCCAGAACGGACUCUUCAAAUACAUGCUGUACCCCCAUUACUUCAUGGAAUGGAUCGAGUGGCUCGGAUACUGGAUUGCUGCCGGCGUGGCAUGCACCCCCGCCAGGUGCUUCUUGCUCAACGAGUUCUCCGCCAUGCUCCCCCGUGCGAUUUCCGGCGGUAAGUGGUACAGGCAGAGGUUUGGAGACGAUAAGAUCAAGGGCAAAUAUGUCAUCAUCCCUGGCGUCUACUAGCCAGACGUGCCCGAGGGCAUGUAUAUGGACAAUCCGAUUUGCUACGUGUUUCGACCAGGGAAAGCAACAUCAUCAAGGCCGAAUUAACGGUACAUCUAGGACUCCCCUAUCCCGCCCGGCGGUAUAUUCCAGGGACGGGCUGACCUCGAGGAAUUCUCGAAUUUUCCAAGCAUCCGUCCGUGAGCCUCCUCAAAACGAAGCGGCCAGCACGCAAUGUAGAGAUGAUUUACAUGAUCUGGCUCUUAUUCGAAUUUAUACAUUGGCUUAUUUUUACCGUACCUAGCCUAUGACAGUCUCCUCCUAGUCCCGAUAGGCGGGAAGAAUUAUCGCCUCCC